AUGGAAGUUGAGGAUGGAAAUUCUCAAUGGAUCGAGAGAUUUAAAAAAUGCCUUGAAAACCCAGAUUCAAAAGAAGAAGUUUCUGAAUUAGUUUUGGAUAUUGAAAAACUUGCUCAACAAAUAGCUAAGAAAAAACUUACGAUAGAUCCACAUAUCUUUACAAAAUGGAUCGUUGAUCUUGGUAUAAAGACUAGUAACCUUGAACAAGGUAUACGCUUAUUAUCGGCUGGAAUAAAAAUGAAUUUUGCGAGUGUUAAUUUAUUAGAAACUGAUCUCAGUGCUUUUUUAGAGAUAAUUUGCUAUGAUAAAAAGCAAAAAAAAAAUUUAAAGGAUGAUGAAACUCUUAGAAAGGAAAAAAUGGAUAAAAAACAACGUGAAGCAGAACGUAGAAAAGCUAAGUGGAAAAUAAUUUGUGAUAGUAUUUCGGAGAAAUAUGAAAGUGAAAAAAAUGAAUGUUGUGUUCAAAAAAAUUUUGAUGUUAAGAAAGAAUUAUUAAAAGCUUGUAUUACUGGGGGUGAUAAUUCAUUUGAGACUGUAUUUAAUGAACAUAAACUUUUCAUUGAUGAAAGACUUAACAAAUUAAGAAGAACACAAAAAUCAAUAAAAAUAAGGAAACAAAAAAAGAAGGCUGAAAAAAAAAUAAUAGAAAAGGUUCAUUUUGAUGAUGCAUAUUUUGAGGUGGCUACUUCUAACUACGAAGAAAGUAAUGUUCGUGGACUAAUAUCUCUUAAUGCUAGACGUGAUGUUCAUGGAAAAAUUUUAAAAAUUAAUGGAAAAUGUGAAUUUAAACCAAAACAACAUGAAUUAGGUAAACCUUCUUGGUUUGUAAGAGAUUUUUAUAAUGUGGUUUGUGAAUGUUUAAAAGAAGUACCUUCUAAAGAAUUAUAUCGCGUUCAUGCUUGUUUCCCUGUACCUCCUCGAAAUAUUGAAAAACCAUCUGGAUUUUUGUAUGAUAAUUAUAUACCCUUUGUUCCUGAAGUUCCAGUGGAAGAUAGUGCACGUGUUUAUGCUGAUUGUAUGUAUAUUAGAGGUUUAUCUGAGGAAGAUGCACUUAAUAUAUACGGAAUUGACAAUAAUCUUCUUAGGGAUUUAAAUAAAUUAAUAAGAGGUGAGGGUAAUUUUACUGAGGUUAUGGAAAAAUUAAAGAAUGCUAUUCCAAAAGAAAGUAUACGUAAACUUAUAUGGUCUAAUGAAAAUUUUGAUAUUGGAAAUAAAGAUAACUUCAAUAAAGUUUUUAAUCCAUAUUAUGAUUUUGAAACUAUUAAUAUGAUGUUUCUGCCUGAUUUAACAAACUUCGAAGAAAUAAAACGUGGAAAGUUUAGAAAGUUUGUUGAGUCAAAUGGAGAGGCAAAAGUAUUUUUUGGACGUGAAUUUAUUUCGGAGGUUUCAAAAGAAUCUACAAGAAGGUCACAAAUGUUUGAAUCUUCUGAAUAUUUUGAUAUUUCACAACAUAUACAUGAUUUAUCUUUAGCUAAUGAAGAGUGUGAUGAUUUACAUGAUGGUGAUAUAAAUGAAAAUGAUGAAUUGGAUAAUGAUGAAGUAGAUUUGGAUGUUUCUUUUACCAGUAGAAAUAGCGUGUUAUCAUUUGCUAAUAUUUCUAUUUUGGAAGAUUCAAUUAAACGUAGUACUGAUGUCAUGGAGUUUUCUCAAUUACCUCGUGGUGUUGAUCAAUCACAUUGGAAAUACAAAGUUGGUUCUGGAAAAAAAAUUGUACGUUCAAAAUCAGCUUCUUCUAAUAAAGCGUCUCCUAAAUCUAAAAAACGUAUGAGUUCUACUAGCCUUAAUCAAAUUACUCCUAAAUCUUCAAGAAUAUUAAGAUCUCAAAACAAGAAAGGAACUGAACCAACAUUACCUGAAAUAAAAGAAGAAUUGAUUGAUGAUAUGGCAAUUGAAACGGAAGAUGAAUAUGAUAUAGCUUCAAAUCCCCGGAGGAUUCCUGAUUCUGAUUUGGAAGAGGAUUCAAAUGGUCAACGUAUUAAAGAGGAAUUGGUAGUUCAGAAUGUUAGUGAACAGUUGGUACAGCAGAAUGUUAAUGAAGAUGAAUUACCAUCAAGUCGAAGUGCUGGUACAUAUGAUGUUGAGGAGCAACAGAGUACACGUUACAGAGAAAAUGACGAUGACGAGUUUUCUGAUUUAGAGGAGGUUCCUGAAUAUAAUGAUGCAGAAUCUGUUAAAAGUUCUACAUCGACACCAAUGGAAAUUGAUGAUAUAAGUCCUAUUAAUUCAGAUAAUGAAGAUACACUAAUGGAAGAUUCAUCCAAUAGGACAGUGAAAGCUGAUGUAUCUUUUAAUAAUGAGGAAGAACGUAAACUAGAACCAUCUUCUGAGAUUCGAAAACCAUCUCAAGAGAUUAUUAAACAAAGUAUUAGUGCUAUUUAUAAUGAUGAUAACGAUAAUAAUGACGAAGACUACUUUGGACCAUUUGGUAAUAUUUAUGAUGAAGACGAAUUAGAACCAAUAUUUUUGAACCAAGAAGUUCCUAAAGGAUAUACAAAUGUAGUCACAGAUGAUAUCGCUCAUUCUUUUGGAUAUAUGGCUAUGAAAUACUCUGCCAAUGCAUUAAAAAUCGAAUGUACCACAAAUAUUUCUUAUGUUAAUGCUCCCUUAGUAAAACUUGCUAUAAUUGAUGUUUUGUCAAAUAGUUCCUUAAAUGAUUCAAAUUGGCAAUCAUUUAAUAGUAUUACAUCAUUACUUCAAACAGAUAAUUAUAAGAAUUUGGAUCGUAAAGCACUUUAUGAUCCAUUUAAAAAAUUUCAAGAAUUUAAAAAAGCUUUGGAGAAUUUGUGUUUGGUUUUUAAAUCAACUUUCAGGACGCGCAUAAAAGAAAAUUUUCCAAAUGAUAUUUUUAUUAAUGGUCACCAUACUUUAAGAUCCAUUUUCUAUUGUGUUAGUCAAAUUAUACCUCAAACCAAAGAUAAUAAACUUCAUUAUCUUACCUUCGUUAAUCUACUCCUUCAUAUGAACAAUAAAUUUGAAAUGACUUUUAUUGAUCCAUCAACAAAUAAGGAGCCAGAUGGUGCAGCUCCAGUUAACUGUUAUGUUAAAAAACACUUUAAAUCUUAA